UACAGCCCCAGCUCUGCGCAGCCCGAGCCGAUCCCUCGGAAGGCCACCCUGCCCCCCCCGGCAGGCCUCUCCCGAGCGCCGCAGGCCCAGCCUGCCUGCGGCUGCCCCGCAGCCGAGCGGAAGCCAGUCCCGCUCCACUACCCGGCAGUUCUGGCUUCCCUUUCCCAGCCAGCGCCCCCCAGCAGUUCCGAAGACCCAGCUCUCUCCCCCGAAGCGCCGGGGCCGACUCGCGUGGUCCGGCUCAGCGCAGCAGCCCGGCGGCACAGCGGAAGGCCGAUGCCUGUGGGGCCGGAAGCGGCGGGCCGCGCACAGCCACAUCCGGCGCUCGCCCGCGCCGUGGACCGCUAUGGCCGCCUCAGUGGAUUUCAAAACCUACGUGGAUCAAGCUUGUAGAGCUGCAGAUGAAUUUGUCAACAUUUAUUAUGAGACAAUGGAUAAAAGAAGAAGGGCUUUGACAAGACUUUAUUUGGACAAAGCAACACUAGUUUGGAAUGGUAAUGCAGUGUCUGGGCAAGAAGAACUGAAUAAAUUUUUUGAAAUGUUGCCAUCUAGUGAAUUCCAGGUUAAUGUCUUGGACUGCCAGCCUGUUCACGAGCAAGCUACUCAAGGCCAGACAACAGUCCUCGUGGUGACAAGUGGGACAGUAAAAUUUGAUGGCGACAAGCAGCGCUACUUCAAUCAGAAUUUCUUGCUGACGGCGCAAGCCACACCUACCAACACAGUGUGGAAGAUCGCCAGUGACUGUUUCCGUUUCCAGGACUGGGCCAGUUAGUGAGGACUGGCUCCGGGAAGUGACCCUCUCACUGGACAUGUUGAAGAAGUUAGCUGUACGGAUGUUUGUUCUCCACGCAUGGGAAACGUUCUUUGUGUUGCAUCUGUCAUUAUGGAAGAUCUACGGAUGUUUCAGGGUCGAUCCCAAUGACCACGGGUUUAGUAGUAAACAAUAUUAAAGUGUGAGAGGUUGCUCCUGUUAGUUGACUAAUAAAGUGCUGAAGGCAGUGAGCUGUGUCAGAAUCGUUCCCAAAAUGCCUUACAGGCAGCUAUGCUGCCACUUCCAGAUGUCUUGUAUCUGAUGCUGAAACUGCUACUUGAACACAAAAUCCUCUUAGUGUACAAUUCUGACCAAAUGUGUAAUUUUUUCAACUUGAAAAGAUGUGUUUUUACAGUAGCUUCCUUCUCUUCAAGAAGAUGCUUGUGGCAUGUAGGUAGAAUUCUGAAAGCUACCUACGCUUGGUUGUAAGAGGCUAGGACAGAUUGACUGUAUUUUCUACUCUUUGUGAAAGUAGCAAAUAUAGCUCCCAAGUGUGUAAUCUCUCAAAUAAUCCAUUGGAAGGCUAAUGUUGCCUUCUCUGUUAGGAAAGGACUAAAAAAUCUCAUCAAGUUUCCUUUUGGCUUGAGCUUCUCAGACUUUUGUUGCCAUUAGUUUACACCGAUUCGUAUGUAGGGCAUGCUAAAUGAUUCAGAGCUCCUGUGCCAGCAACUCUUGUCAUGUGCAUGUGAAGGACUUCAAACUGCUUAUUUUUCUUUUGAAGUCUUACAGUGCAAGAAAUGGGUCAAUUACAUCACUUCUGUUUGUUUUAACUGCUAAUUCUGUUGCUAUGAAGUUUGGGCUAUUUUCCCCAUAUUCAGUCUGCAAGUUUUGAAUCCUUAGUGUCUUUUUCAGGAAACAUUGUGGUAAAAAAGUGGCACUGAAAGUGAGUAUUACUGUGAAGCCUUCAAUUUUUCUCUCCACUGUUACUCGGAACAGGUGCUUUGAUUAUUUUCAACUUAGAAGAACAACUCUGAACAUAAAUACUGUCAUCCUCUCAUGCAGAUUUUUGCUGUAAUGUUCAUGUUCUUUUUAAAUAUUACUUUUAAUUGA